AUGGAGUCUUGGCCUGGCAUUGGUGAAGCUGCAGCAGUUGGCAGCUGGCCCGCCACCACGAAUAGCCAAGGAAACACCCUGCUCGAGCCUUGGGGGCCGUGGCUUCCCGAGGUGGAGGAUUCGUGGGUCCCGGCUUGGCCAUCAGGUUUCAAGGACGCAUGCGCUGCACCAACAGAUCCAGAGAAAGAACAUUUGCAAGCAGACCUCAGUGAGGACUGUGACAGUGACUGGGCUGCGGCGAUCCGGGCAGCACUGCCAGAGCCGGAGGGCGGAUUCCCAAGCGAGGCCUUCUCUUACUCACCGACGGCAUGUCUAGACUCCGGGAGAAGCCAGGACGAGUAUCUGGCGAAGCUCGAGAAGCGUUUGCAUAGCUUGCGCCGUGUGCCACAGCGGAGCGCAGUCAUCCAGCUUUCCGACUUCUCGGUCUCGGAACACAAGCUGCACUGGCCUUCAGAGGACCUUUCAGUUUCAGGCUGGCCUCCCGAUGUGUCGGGUGUUGAAAGUGCUCCACUCCUGGAGUACAGUGUCGAUCCCGCCUGGCCCUGA